UUUUAAUAAAGAUGUGGAUGAAUGUGUUGAGAGAUCAGAGGUCUGCGGUCCAAACUCAAUCUGCUACAACACUGUUGGGAGUUACAAUUGCUCAUGCAUGAGUGGAUAUAAUGUAACAGACCCAAACCUCCCUAUAAACAGCAAUAACACAUGCAAAGAUAUAGAUGAAUGUCUGUUAAGUCCAUCUGUAUGUGGUCCAGAUUCCAACUGCACAAAUGAAAUAGGAAGUUACAAUUGCUCAUGUUUGGAUGGAUUCACUGUAACAAACUCAAGUCUCACCAUCAGCAUCAAUAACACAUGUACAGCAACAACAGCAACAACACCAGCACCCAAUACAACUACAACUUCUAUAACUACGAACCCUACUACAACAACUACAGCACCCACUACAACUACAAUUUAUAUAACUACAAAAUCUACUACAAAUACUACAGCAACGCCUAUAAUUAUUGAAGAAAAUUACAAAACUGUGUCUACCUUCAAAGCUCCAGUAAGGGUCACUGGUUUCAGGCCUGGUAGCAUUAUAGUAGACUAUGAAAUAUUUUCAACAAGCAACAACCCAGCUAAUUUUGUAGAUGCAAACAGUAAGGUUGCCAAAAAUCUCCAAUCCAUUGGAUAUAAUGUAGCUGUGGAUCAUUUUGCUGAAAGUGACGAGAGAUGCGCCACACUAAAACAUCGAAUCAAUUGCACAGAUAAUGAUCCUGAAGAAUUGACAUGCCGACUCAAGAUCCCGGAACUUCGAGGCUUCUCUUAUGGCCAGAGCAAUGUCACAAUUGAGAAAGUCGCUGAUGUAUUGACCUGUAAUAAUAAAACACUUGGAGAUGGAAAAGAAGGUGCCAUUUUGCUAGGACCCUGUGAAAAAGGCAAAGAAGGCAAUAUAACUUAUCUAUGUAAAUCAACUGAAUGGAAGGAGACUGCCAGGAACUGUACACUUCAAGUUAUCAUAGAAAUUGAAAAGAAAGUUGAGAAUUUGGUUCCAAAGGACAUACCAGUGGUUAUUAGUGAGCUUAGUACUGCUACAGUGGGCAAUAAACAAGAGAUAACACAGUCUCCUGCGACUGUCCAAAGAAUUGUUGACAUACUUGUAAAAAUUGCUAAUAUCUCACAAUCCAUUUUCAUCAAUGAGCCUGUGAUGAAGGAUUUCCUUACGGCAGUGAAUGUCCUUGUUUUAAAUGAAAGCAGUUCAUCAUGGAAAAAAUUGAACACAUCAAACACCAGCGUUGCACUUCUGAGUGCUAUUGAGAAUAUAAGUGACCGUCUCACAGAUGCCAAUUUUACAAUAAUUGAAAAAUCUAUUGAGUUGAAUAAAAUCGUAACAAACUCAAACUCAAGCUCCUCAUAUAGGAUAAUAUCAAGCCUGCAAAACUCAACUACUGAGAUUCUGAUACCACAGAUUCCUGUAUCCACAUCCAUAACCAUCAUAAUCUUCACAACUCUUGAUAAUGUCCUACCUACUCGUAAUACUAGCAAUAACAAUGACACUAAUAAUAACGUGCGCAUCAAUGGAGAUGUGGUUGUUGUUAAGGUGAACCAAACGGUUAACAACAUUUCUUUUGUAUUUGAUAUUACUGAUCAGUCUUUGGGAAAUCCUCAAUGUGUCUUUUGGAACUUCAGUCUUGACGCAUGGGAUUCCAGUGGAUGUGAAGUAAAGCCCUCAGGGAACAAACUUGGCAAUAUUACAUGUGAAUGCAACCACACAACCUCUUUUUCAAUCCUGAUGUCCCCAUUUCCUGAUGAAAGUGAUUUCUUGGCUUACAUAACAUACAUUGGUGUUGCUAUUUCAAUGGCCAGCUUGAUUUUGUGCCUCAUUAUUGAGAUUAUUGUGUGGAAGUCAAUAACAAGAAAUGACACAUCCUACAUGCGACAUGUGUCCAUAGUCAACAUUGCCGUGUCCCUGCUGAUCGCAAACAUCUGUUUUAUCAUUGGAGCCGCCGCAGUCGCAAAACAAAAGCAGCCAACAUCAGUGGAUCGCUGCAGUCCAGCGGUUUUCUUCAUGCACUUUUUUUACCUGGCCCUUUUCUUCUGGAUGUUAAUUUCAGCGCUGUUGCUCUUUUACCGUACAGUCAUGGUCUUGUCCCAAAUGUCAAGGGCCAGAAUGAUGGCCAUUGCCUUCAUAGUCGGUUAUGGUGCACCUUUGCUCAUAGCGGUCAUUACUGUUGCGUCGACAGCUGGACCUCAGAAAUAUAUCACGAAACAAUUAGCAUGCUGGCUGAACUGGGAUGAGUCUAAGGCCCUGCUGGCAUUUGUGAUUCCAGCUCUCACUAUUGUAGCCAUAAACCUUGUGGUUUUGAUUGUGGUUCUGUAUAAGAUGUUGAGGAGAGGAGUUGGUGCCACAACUCAACCGGAUGAGAAACAUGCCCUGGUGGUCAUUGCCCGAUGUGUGGCCAUAUUGACUCCUAUCUUUGGUCUAACAUGGGCAUUUGGAAUUGGAACCAUGGUGUCCCGUGAAGUAGGCUUUCAUGUGGUGUUUACAAUCCUCAAUUCACUGCAGGUAUCACUUUCUGUCUCUAUAUUUAAAAAUAUAUAUAUUUCAAUGCAAUUUUUAUCUAUAUUCAACUAUAACAACAUUCUACUGUAAUACUGCACAUUGAUC